CAUACAAAUCUAUUACAUCCAACCAACUCUAUUAAGACAGUACACAAUACUAAAUCUUCGUCUUGCUUUUGUCUCAUCCUUAGUAGCUAAUGGAUCAGCCUCUCUUACAUGCCUCCAAACGAAAAACUUCAUCCAAGUUUUUCUACCCACUCCCCUUCCUUGUCGUCACUUUUGCUUAUUUGUUAAAAAGUGACUUUUUUCAUUCUUUGCUACCAUCAACCUAUGAUGAUAAGCUAUCACCCUUCUUGCAACAAUCUAUUCUAGACAUAGAAAACGCCAUCAAAUUGGCUGACCAUGUAAAGAAUCAAACAAACAAUCCAAAAGAAGCUGCAGCAUUGACUUUUUGUGUGGAGUUGAUGCAAAAUUCCCAAGAAAAAACAAAAGAUUCUGUGGCAGCUCUAAAAAAUCAAGAUGUUCAUUCUUAUGCCAAUGUCCAUACAUGGUUAAGUGGCAUUCUCACACACUAUCACACAUGCAAGGGUAACUUAGAGGGUACUGCUAGAUCUCUAAUGGAGCCUGCAUUAGGUAACUUGAUAUCCCAAGCAACUACUUCCUUGGGCAUUAUUGUUGCAAGUUUGCCUAAAAGGCCAAACAUAUCUGAGAUUGAAGAAUUUCCAACCUGGGUCACUAGCAUGGAUAAGACCCUCUUAAGGGUUGGGCUAGAGGAAAUUAAGCCUAACUUGGUGGUGGCUAAAGAUGGGAGCGGGAACUUCAAGACCGUGCAAGAAGCUGUUACUGCAGCACCCAACAACAGCAAUACCCGGUUUGUCAUCUACAUUAAGAAAGGAAUAUAUCAAGAAAAUGUCGUUGUUGACCAAAAGAAGAAGAAUCUUAUGAUUGUUGGGGACGGCAUGGACUCGACUAUAAUCACAGCGGCCUUGUACUCCACUAUUAGACCUGGAAUCGAUACUUACCACUCUGCAACUUUUGGUGCUGAUACCGAAGGAUUCAUAGCUCAAGAUAUAUGCUUCCAGAACACAGCCGGACCAAAAGUGGAAAAUGGUCAAGCCGUGGCGCUUCGUGUGGGGGGUGACAAAUCUAUCAUAAACCGUUGUCGAAUCGAAGGUUACCAGGACACUCUGCUGACUUUCAUUGGUCAUCAAUUCUUCCGAGACUGCACCAUUAUAGGCACCAUAGACUUCAUAUUCGGGGAUGCAGCCGUUGUGUUACAGAACUGCACCAUUAUAGCUCGGAAGCCCUUACCGGGUCAAUUCAACGCUAUCACAGCCCAAGGACGGAAGGAUCCAAACCAGGUAUCUGGGAUAUCAAUUCAGCAUUGUCGAAUUAUAGCCAGCAAUGAUCUUGAGCCUGUUAAGAGCUCAGUUAAAACAUAUUUGGGCCGACCUUGGAUGGAUUAUUCAACAACUGUUGUGAUGCAAUCCUAUAUCGGAGACCACAUCGACCCAGCAGGUUGGGCUGCAAUGGACGGAAGAUCUGCUUCAUUGAAUACGAUUUACUAUCGUGAAUUUUCGAAUUGUGGCCCUGGUGCUAAUACUAGCAAGCGGGUCUGCUGGAAAGGGUAUCGUGUUAUCAACGACACAAAAGAGGCAAUGAAAUUUACCGUAGCUGGGUUACUGGAAGCCGAAUCAGGACCAUGGUUGAAGGCUACAGGAGUAAACUACACAGAAGGUCUCUACGGGACCCUGCAGGAUAUAUGUCAACAAGGAUAGUUUAAGUAUUCUGUUUUCUUUUUUUUAUUGCUGUUUUGUGUGAAUAAGAGAAAGGGUUGUAGAUGUGUUGUGCCCUUUCGUUAUAGAGGAUUUUGCUGGAAUUGCUAUUGGAAUUGUGGGUUUGGUUGAGCUUUAAUUUGAAUUGGGUUUGUGUGAAAUGUUGGUUGUAAGUGUGAAAUGUUGGUUGUAAGUAUGAAUUCUUGGUUUGUGAAGUUAGUACCAUUACUGGGUUUCCUAAGAAAAAUGACAUCUGAUU